AAAUAUCUCCCGGUGAUCAUGGCUAUAGCUGAAGAUCUUCUUGUGCAGAUUCUGCUAUUGCUGCCGGUUGUUUCUCUACUGCGAUUCAAGUGCGUCUCUAAAUCCUGGUACGCUCUCAUUACUCACCAAAACUUCAUAGAAAAGCACCUCCUCCACAACCUCUCCACCUCCAACAACCGCGCCCGUUUUCUCGCUCACCGGCGCGAUAAAACCACCGGUGAUUAUGUUAUCUCCAGACUUUCUUAUGAACCACUCCAAGUGCUUCCUCCAACACAACAACCUCUACCGCUUCCGUAUUCCGGUGUCGACAAGAAGGUAGAGGUUUUUGUCGUUGGUUCUUGCAAUGGUCUUGUUUGUCUCUACGAUAACUAUGACUUGAAUGUUGUUGUAUGGAACCCUGCAACCAAAGAAACAAAGGUUGUCCCCAAAUCAACGGUGCCCCGCUCCCCUGCUGCCUUUCAGGCCAGCGUCAAUGGUAUUGGGUUUGGUUUUGAUGCCAAAACUAAUGACUACAAGAUAAUCAAGCUUCUUUGUCUCUAUGACCCCGACCCAAAUUUGUCGUAUUAUCAAACACAAUUCAUAGACCACAAUGAGGUUUAUAGCUUGAGCAACAAUUCAUGGAGAAAGGUGGAUAGCCCCCUCUGUCACAUUUUUGAUGGGUUUAAAGGUAUGAAGGCAUACACAAAUGGGAUUGCUUCUUGGUGGGGAUUAUGUGGGUUUGAAAGCAUUUUGUCGUUUGACAUGAGCAAGGAGGCAUUCCUAAUAACACCGUUGCCAGAUGAAAGAAUGAUAGGGGGUAGAGAUGAAAAUUGGAGAGAGUUUUUUGUGUUGAAUGAAAAGGUUGCUCUCGCUGUUACAAUCGAAGAUGAAGAGCAGUCGGAGACUCGGUUUGAUGUGUGGUUAUUGAAUGAAUAUGGUGUGAAGGAGUCUUGGAGUAAGCUUUUCACUCUAGGACCUCUUACGGGAAUUAGAAAACCAUUGGGAUUUUGGAAGAAUGAAACAGCGUUGUUCUUGGAAAGUAGUGAUGGACAGCUGGUCGUGUACGACACAUCUACCAAAGAAAUAUCUAAUCUUCCAAUUGAUGGAGAACCAUACUCGUUGCAGGUGAUUACUUACGUAGAAACCAUUGUUUCUGUCAAGGGAGGAAAUGAAUUUGAGGUUGAAGAACAGGGCGGUUCAUGAAAAUGGUUGAAGGGUCCAUCUCUAUAUAUGU